AUGACUGUGCAACAGCACAAUGAUCCUGGUGCUCGGCCUGCGGCCGUUCCCUCGCCUAUGCCGAGUCUACAUGACGGCCCUGCGCAGUCGCCGAUUCCGCUGCCAGACCGGUCCAAGGGCGUCGUUGAGCCCGCUCCGGAGUCCGCGCCGGUCUUGGAGACGGGUAGCAGCGAAUUCCCGCAGCCGAAGCUCCGCCUCAAAAUCCAGGAUGUUGCCCAUCCCGGCGCAGUCGCGUUUUUCGGCGCAGUAAAUGCAGCUAAAGUCCUCUCCACCGCGGUGAACAACGUUCUGCGACUGCUGUACCGGGCGCCGGCCGACCCUUACACAGCAGUCCCACCAACCCGAUCUGUGACGCUGGUGCUCCGUGAUAUGCCCGGCGUUGCAUACACAACGGGAACGGACCUUGACAAUGACCACAAGGAGAUCCACUUCUCGCUGAACUACAUCAACUCGAUCAGCCCAGCCUCGCGUCUCACAUCCGAAAUCACCGGUGUCUUGACGCACGAGUUAGUGCAUUGCUACCAGUGGAACGCGCAAGGGACCUGUCCUGGCGGGCUGAUCGAGGGCAUCGCGGACUGGGUGCGCUUGAGGUGUGCGCUGAGCCCUCCGCACUGGAAGAAGGACACUCACGGAGGUUGGGACAGAGGCUACCAGCAUACCGCUUACUUCCUCGAAUACCUCGAGGCGCGCUUCGGCGAGGGCACCAUCCGGCGCCUCAACGAGAAGCUCCGGCAGCGCAAGUACAAGACCGAGUCCUUCUGGCCGGAGCUCUUGGGGUCAUCAGUCGAGAAGCUUUAUAGCGACUACAUCGACAACUCAAAUGGCAAUGAUAUCUAG